AUGGGGUCGAUUGCGUACACCACAUCAAGUCGGUGUAUCUCGAAAACGCAUAUUCAGUGUGGAACACACUCCCAGUCGAGCCACUCCAUCUCGUCAGUGCACAUCGCCGUCCUUGUCCGCACACCAGAGCGCGCGGGCAGACGUCGAGAGCAGCAGCCCGUCCUGACGCCCACCGACUUUUGCCACCGACGAUCCGCCUCUCAACCGAUGCGCAACAUGCAGAGCUAUCUCCUGGUCCCGUUUGUACUGUGCUGUGUCGUGUGUUUAGCGCUGCCAGAAGCCGCUGACGCAUCCGAAUGCAGCGCGUGUGGGUAUUUGGCCCGCAACUGCAGCGACGCGAGCGAUGGGGUGGACGUGUGCGACGUCACUGGAGGCAUCCAGAUCGACGACGUCUUCUGCAACGAUCAAGAGUGCAGCUGUGCCAAUGGCCACGAGUGCGUGAGUACGGUCGUGGGCUGCUCGACCAUUUUCCAGGCACGGACUCGACGUCGCUGUGUGGGCAACGCGACACUCUCUCGACGCUUCACACAGUGCGCAGUUGACCAGGACCUCACUUCCCUCAGCGCUUCCAAUGUCGCGCAGGACUGGAUCUACUUCAAACAAGGCCACAAGUGUCAGUCCAUGGACUGUCUAGCAGUCAAGAUGUUCCAUCACAGUGGGCUUGUGCAAUGUGGCAAUCUGCUGGCAGUGUGGAAAACCACCGACUCGGCGGUCGCAACGAGUACACCAUUGGACAGCAGAUCUAUGGAUGGUGACGUGGUGUACCAUUUCAUUGCCGAUGGCUCUCGUGCCAAGGACAUGAAAGCUGGAACGUUUCUGUACUCGGUGCCAUGGUCAACUAAAGCUGGAGCUCUUUUGCCAACGCAAGCACAAAGCACAGCUACUGGCUCGUGCUAUGUCUUGCAGACACGGAACCAGCCAAACAGUACGUGUGAAGGCGUGUAUCUGCAGUUUGACGCCAGCGUGGAGUUUGCUAACAGCGACGAGUACGUGAUGUCCAAGCUGAGCUGGCCCGUGUGGCUCGCUGUCAUUGGCAGUGUAGCUGCAGCCAUCGCUUCUGUUGCUGUCGUUAGCGUGGUGAUCUACCGAUCCCAGCACAUGGACGUGUCGUUGCCUGUCGAGAACGACGAAGAUGGCGGCCUUUUGUAUGGGAAGGGUAACCUGCGCGACAGCAAGGACUUUAGCCCCAUCAACGCUACUUGUCCAGGGACACCGUUGCCCGUCCCAGGAAAUGGCCGUAUGAGUACUGAUCUACGUCAGCGCGCAGCACCCGAUGCCGCACAAUUGGAGGCUGGAGCCUGCACGACAGCACUGUAA